AUGGAUGACACAUCAACUUCUGCUACUAUUACCGAACUAAUGUUUAUUUUCUCUCGAUAUGGAAUACCAGAGAGCCUGAAAGCCGGUCCGCAAUGGUCCGCAGUUCACAUCCGAAGACUAAAAGGUUUCUGUGAGGAGUAUGACAUCUGGUUGGUGCACUCGAUUCCUUAUUGGCCUCAGAUGAACGGGGAAGUUGAGCGUCGAAACCGCUCAAUCCUGAAGCGAUUGAGGAUAGCCCAGGAAUUGGACAAGGACUGGCGGAAAGAAUUGAGGCAGUAUCUUCUGAUGUAUCACGCAGCCAAUCAUACGACCACAGGGAAACCCCCAUCAGAGCUCAUGUUUGGGCGCAAUACGACGUCGUUAGAGAACGGGACGCUAUUGAAAAAGAGAGGGAGGUUAUAUUCCGCAUAUAAGAAACGCAGAGCUAAACCAAGUGGGUUGCAAGUGGGAGAUCGCGUUCUAGCGAAGCGUACCAGGAAGGGACAUAAGUUGUGUGCCGACUUCUCACCUGAAACUUUCGAUGUUGUCCAGAGAAGCGGAGCUGAUGUUACCAUUCGUUCAACCAAAACAGGGAAGGAAUUCAGAAGAAACGCGGCACAUUUGAAAGCACUUCCCCGCGAAGAAUCCAACGGAAAUGAUCCCAUUGAAGAUGCAACAUCGUCGGAGUCGGGCUUGGAGCUAGAUGGAGCUGAACCUACCGGAAAUGCGACAUCGCCGAAGCCAGGUUUGGCCCUCGCAAGUAACCGACAUGGAGAGGGGGAUAGAAAUCCGGAAGGAGCAUCAGGCGGAUUUCGGAGAGCAAGUACAUCUAAAAGAACAAAAGUAGAACCUAAGUAUUUUAAAGACUUUGUAACCUAUUGA